CUUCACACGGAGAAGCGCAGUACUCGGGCCAAACAUAGCGAGGUAUAUGCAUGGAUUCCAAAGGCCAAAGGCAUGAUCGAGUCUCGAUUCGCAUACACGCACGAUUGGUGGGAGGUAAUACCAUUUUCCAGUUGGCAAACGCGCAAAGAUUUCCGAAUUAGUGACCCCAAUCGAGAUGGGAUGACCAAGCGAUUCAAGCGACCAGAGAGAUUUUCGGAAUGUCUUGAGGGGAUUAGCAAGACGUCUGGGGCAAAACCUACAUAUAUACUCAAGACCUCGAUGCUCUCGCCAACGAUUCAUUUUUACCUCCAGGUUCAUACCGUUCGCUGGUCGAGGAAAUAGAUACCCCCAUUGGCAUAGAGUCGCCCCUAUAAUCACCACCCACUCACCGACCCAACACGUACGCGAUACGCAAACAAAGCCAAAGACAUGUUCACACCCAUCCACUCCCUUCUCGGAGCCGACCUCUUACACCUAUCCACCUCGCACCACCUCGAACUCACCGGACGUCCCCUAGGUAUCUCGGGGAUCUUGAACGGGGCGGUACUAGGAGAUAGGGAGACGUGGAGGUGGGCCUUUAUCGCUGGGCUCGUCGGGAGCGCGGUGGUUGGCAAUCUGACGUCGAUAGCAGAGGUCGGGUGGGGUGUACAUCGGUACGGGCUGAAUGAUGGGUUGACGGGUGGGAGUAUCAGCAGGAGGGUAUUGGCAGGGGUUCUGGUCGGGUUCGGUAGCAAGCUCGGGUCUGGUUGCACGAGCGGCCACUUCCUCUGCGGCAUGUCCCGCCUCUCCCCCCGCUCUAUCGUGGCGAGCAUCACCUUCUUUCUGACGGCUACGCUGGUUAGCAACGUCUUUCCCCAUCCGGCCUUCAACACGGAUCUCCCUCAUUCUGACAAGAUCGGCAUGACCUUGCCCGACUUGGCACCCAGCUGGAGUAGCGCGGUUCAUCUCGUCCCUAUCGCCCUGAGGCUGUUCCAUCACCUCGAUUUCCUCCUCCCUGGUUUGUUGAAACGCAUUCAAGCUAGAUCCCGCUCCCAAUCGACCCGAAGCCCAGAUACCAACACGGACAUGACCGCGGAUAUGGCCACGGACAAGGGGACGAGGACGGCCGAGAUGGUCUUGUCCUUCUUCUCCGGAUUGACGUUCGGCACGGGCCUGUUGAUGAGCGGGAUGGUCUCCCCGUUGAAGACGCUGGGGUUUAUGAGGUUGCCCUUCCUAUCAAUCUUGGAUUCGAAUACGCAAUCGGGUUAUAAUUCUGCGGGGAAAGGUGCGAGGGGCUGGUCGGAAUGGGAUCCUAGUCUGGCGAUGGUCAUCCUCGCAGCGGUCUUGCCGAACAUGAGGCAUUGGCUGAAGAAGAUCAAACCGAGGGUGGACAAGUCGAUCGAACCCAAGCUUUACCAGACUGUCGAAUCGGAAGCCGGCAAGAGCAAGGCCAAUCUCGUCACCCCCGGUCAGGGUCAAAAGAGCCGUUGGCAGGUCCCCCUCGGCAAGGCGGCGUAUAAUAUCGACUCUAGGCUUAUGAUCGGGUCGAUCGUCUUUGGGUUGGGAUGGGGAUUGGGUGGGGUGUGCCCCGGUCCGGCUUUGGUCAGGUUGGGCUUGGAUGGGGCGGUGCGGGCGGAAGGGUGGACGUUCAUCGCCAGCGUCUUGUUCGGGAUGAAGCUGGCCGGGUUCGUGUAGUAAAAGGAAUAUCGUUCAGAGAGGAAGGGAUAUUCGUAUGUACAUCGUUAUCAUAUCGGGUCUAUCUAUGAUCAUGCUCUCCUGCUUCACA